AUGACGAACUUGUAUGAGAUCCCCGCCGGGCUGGUCACCGGCAUAGAGGACAGCGCCCUUGUGGCGCAGAUCAUCGUGGCCGUGAUCCUGGCCAUUGCCUUCUACAACUCGCUGGAGCUCGUCGUCCUGCUCUUCCUCACCUUCAAGAAGUAUCGCGGCCUCUACUUCUGGUCCCUGCUGGUCUCCACCGUGCUGGGCGUCAUGCCCAGCGUCGUGGGCCCCGUGCUGCACUUCUACUCGCUCGGCCCCCUCCUGCUCGCCCUGCUCAUCUCGAACAUCGGCUUCUACGCCAUGGUGCCCGUGCAGUCGCUGGUCCUGUACUCCCGCCUGCACCUGCUCAUUCGCAACAAGCGGCGUCUGCGCCAGAUCCUCUACCUGAUCCUGCUCACCACCGCCAUCCUGCUGCCCCCGACGACCGUCACCACUUACGGCUCCGCCUUCGUGGGGACUGGCCCCUGGAACGCCGCGUACCAGGUCAUCGAGCGCGCCCAGGUGACCGGCUUCUGCCUCCUGGAGCUGUUGCUCUCCACCUUGUAUAUCCGGGAGGCGGUCCAAGUGCUGUGGGCCGGCGAUCCUGCGCUGCUGCGCCGACGGCGAGAGUCUGGGGAAACCGACGGAGGAGAAAGAGAAGGAGGAGUUGGUCACAGCAGCGGCGGGGGUGUGAUCUACCAACUCGUGGCUAUCAACAUCGUCAUCAUCGCCCUCGAUGUCGGCCUGCUCGUUCUGGAGUAUGUCGGGCUCUACUAUCUGCAGGUCGCAUUAAAGUCUUUGGUCUAUAGUAUCAAACUGAAGAUGGAGUACGCGGUUUUGGGCCGGCUUAUCACCCUCACGGGCCGGCGUGCCCAUCGCGAGGAGCCGGUCGCGAGACUCGAAGAUCCGGCGAGGGUGCCGGACUUUGUGGGGGCGGAGUAUGCGGCCGUGGACUUUUCGCACCCUGUCCAGACAUCGAAACCAUCCAUGUCCUCGGGGUGUGGGAGCGGAGAUGCGCGCAAGACAGAUCCAGUACCAUCCCCUCAAAUCUCCUUCCAAUAA